AUGACACGAACAUAGGAGUCUCCUUAGGCGGUAUUAACCAGGAUAGUCAGAAAAUCGUUAUCGGACAUAUGGAUUUCGACAACGCUUUAACGGAAGAAUUUAUCUCGCACAUAGCAUCGGAAAAGUUAAUCACUUAUGACGUCGAAUUGACUACAAUUCAUUUCGUCAUUGUUACCCGGGGGGGAAUUCAAUUGUGACAUGCGUAAGCAUAGAUUUUGCUUACGCAUUGCUGAGCAUAGAUUUUGCUCAGCAAAAAACGCGAUUCAAUAGAUAAGCAUGCGGAAGUUCAAAAUUUGCGUAUCUCUUGUCUUUUGCUUAGCACUGCGCAAGUUUUUCCACCACAAAACAGUGUCAGCUGGCAAAACUUAUCAGAACAGUUAUCUAGGUCGGAGUUUGAUUAUGUAGCUAAUUGUCACAACAAAAUAAUAUUUAUGUGGUAUGGAUUCGAAAAGUUCAGUUAAGAUGGAAUUAGUUGACACAAAUGGAAAGAGUAAGAAAUUAUAAUUAUAAAUAUUUAUUUUGGGAAUGUUCAGAAAACACGAAACGCAAAAUUAGUCAUUUUUUUACACAUCCCUCGUAGAGGGAUAUAGUCCAUUUUUACACCCCAUUUUUUUAACUGAUCAAGGGGACCAGUAACACAACAGCCUAACCCCUCCCCUGCUUUGCGUUACGUAUUUUAUGAGCUUUCCCUCUAAUAAAAAUAGGUCAAUUAAUAAAUACUUUGUAGGACGCCCAAACUUUUCCACUAAGGAAUGUGAGGCUUUGGUCGACACCGUUGGACUUCACUACGAUGCACUCUUUGGAAGAUUUAGUUCAACCUUGACCAACAAUCGGAAAAAUGAGCUAUGGGAUGAUGUCACCGAAAAAGUUAAUGCUGUCUCUUCCGUUAACAUUCCUAGAAGCGUAGCCGAGGUGAAAAAGAAGUAUCAAGUUUUGAAAAGUAGCGUGAAAAAAAUCGAGACCAACAAUUCGAAUGAAAUGAAAAAAACUGGAGGAGGGUCUGCGAUUCUACAACCCCAAAAUACCGUAGGAGAGAAAAUUUUGGCACUUGUUCCACGGGUCGAAAUUUCAGGAAUUGAGGGUGGAAUCGACAUUAGUAAAAUGUCGACCGUUGAUACUGCGCCAUUAAACUUGAUCUCGGUAACGGGCCUCAUCCCAAUUGGAGACACGGGCUCAAGAACAAACAAACCGGCUGAUGCUUCGGAAGAAAAUGCUCCACAUUUUUUCAAGAAACAAACGAAACGUCCUCUGGAAACUACUCUUUUCGCAUUACAAGCUAAACAAGUUAAAUUAUUGGAGACUCAAACAAUGCAACUGGCACAAAUAGUUGAUUUAUUGGCGGAGCGAAACUCAAUUGAAAAGGAGAAGCUACAAAUUAUGAAAAAUAAUUAAUCCUCAUCAUUCAUUUCUCUAAUUAUUUGAU